AGCAGCAUCAACACGCAAGACCACUCAAUUGCAAUAUGACGUCAAUUCAGAUGUUACUCGCAGUCAUUGUGAUCGCCGCUCUGUGUGGAACAGGUUACUCUGGCAAUAACCAGCCAAAAUGUUACAAAAAGGGAGGAUAUUGCGGGAGUAGAAGUUGUCGCAAAGGCUUCAUAUGUGCCAAGAGGUACACAUACGGGUGUCCAAGCGGCACAAAAUGUUGUCUUCGUAAAAAAUCUCAUAUCGCUUACACGGGACAUCUUGAUAACAGAGGUAGAGGAUAUUGCACUAAUAGUGGAUGUCGAUCAGGAUAUAAUUAUUAUGACAACAAAGGGUAUUGUAAAUAUGGCAGUAAGUCUUACAAGUAUGAUUGCCACUCUUAUGCAGGAUGCUGUCUCCCAAGUAACCCUUACAGCAAAUUCAAGUACUACUGCACCAACGAUAAAGGAUGUCCAAAAAAUUACUAUUUUUAUAACAACCAUGGCUCCUAUUAUUAUAAUAGCAAGGACUAUUACAAUUGUCAUUCUUAUAAAGGAUGCUGUAUUCGUGGUUACAAAUAGUCGACUCCAUAUUGAAACAGUUCGUCGAACAGAAGAUCCAAAAGUGCAAUCAAUAUUUGAUUAUGAUUUUGAAUAAAUGUUUUGUGACAUA